CACAAAAACUGGCUCCUGGAGGAACCCCUUCUGGGGCAUCACAGGCGCCGGAGACCCCAGGCUCCUCAUCCUCAUCCCCAUCCUCAUUUAUGUCCAAGUUCUAUACGCCCAUGAACCCAACCUACAUCCCACAGCCCCCUGCUCCCAUUCCCAUACCACGCUCCCAGCUCCCGUCGCAACCUCAACAGACACCAUACACAACAGCACUGGCUAAUCAAACCGCAGGGCCCUCGAUAGGGGCAAACGCCGCUCUUCUACUAGCCAAUUUGACCACAAUCCCCGGCUUCCUCUCCGAGGCAGCCAUUCAGGAGGCACGCCUAGAGUACUCCAAGAAACAGUCUAUCACACCGUUUACAGCACCCGUUCUAUCUUCGUAUUCCCAUGAGCAUGCACCAAAUCUGGUCUCGCAACCUUUUCAAUCGCACCCUACUCAGUAUCACCAGGUCCCAGUACAAGGAUAUCACUCAGAUGCGCCGCUCCCACAUCCGGAUUCAAAUCCUCAAACUGCAUCAAGCGCCAACACUUCUUCUGAUCGAAACGCAUCGAUUGGAGUCCUACUGAAGGAAUUGCAGCAAUCAGAAUCUCCCUCUUCAUCAAAGCCAUUAGCGGCACCAACAAGUUCUCUUCCAACAACCAUGCCGGCGCCAGCACCGUCUCUGCCAAAACCAUUGCCUGAGCCUCAAACACCAGAGGAUUAUAGUAGCGGCAAGAUCACACCACAGCUGCUUAAGCGGUUAGCUGCAAUUUCUGAGAACGAUGCCCAGCAAGGCGGCACUCUCUUGAAUGAGAUCAAAAGGUUAAAAGAGCGACAGUUAAAGACAGAGAGGUCACUAUUCGAGAGUCGACAGGCCGUGCUGGCAAGACAGAAACAAGAGCUCGUAAAGCUGCAGGCCAGCGAAAUCAUGGGCGUGGAUAUUACCAGCCAGCUCCGAAAGAUCAAGGCCGAACAUCAUGCGGAAUUGAAGCAGUUCGACAAGAAUGUGAUCCGACAAAUGGAUAGGGAGAUUGCGAAUGCGCAGGGGGGCUUAGCAAAGGCAGGGGUACCGAUGAUGUUGCAAACGCAAGAUCCGGUCAUGAUCGCAGCACAGAUCAAGGUCUUGAGGUUGUUGGAGGACAUGUUGCAGACUUGACGUAGAAGCGAUAACGGGAAUAGAAAUAAAAAACAAUAACC